AUGGACAAAACGACGGUACGCGCAUGGGACCCAACAGCCCCCUCCCUCCUCUGGGCUCACCAGAUCCGCCGCGAGAAUAUCCACCUGGUCAACCAGCUCGACAGCACAAGAGCAGAUCUCGCCGGCGCCAUCUCAACGAUCAACGAACUGAAGCAGCAACUGAACGAAUUACGAGAACGCGCACAGACAGCUGACACCAGCCAUGAUACGUGCGACCGGAAGCUGCAGGACAUUACAGGCAGAAUUGAGACUAGGUUGGAGGAUAUCUCUAGUCGGAUUGGUUCCCUUGAGCGUGAGAGUCGCCGCUUGAAAGACAAGCUCGAUGGCAUCGAACGGGGAUGCAGUGAAGAUGAAUUGGGGAAGUCGAUACAGAGACGGGUUCUGGAUGAGGUUCGGGUUUGGUUUAUGAGAGAAAAGGAGGUUCUACAAGGUAGAAUGGGAUGUCCACAGGGUGGUGGCUCGAUGGGAGUCAAGCAGGCAUCUCCAGAUCCAGACAUAGUACCCGAUUCAAUGCGUCUGGAGGAGUCUGCUCAAUUCACUCGGAAAGACUCCUUGCGAACUCUCACUGAGACUACGUGGGGAUCCGCGAGCCAUUCGCAACGAUCUUCGAGUCAGGUUGAUCACGACCUGGGGAGAAACCGGAUUCCCGAACACGAUUCGGCUACGCUUCCGCACAUCAGACAAGCCAGGCGAGAUCUCGAAGCGUAUCUUUCGUCCGUUGAGGACGUGCGCGCGCAGUUGCCUCCGCGAAAGAGAGAGGGCGAGGUCGUCGAGGCUUUUGUGCGGGGGCUUGAUGAUGCGGGGACGAGACGUCGAGUGGAAGACAAGAUGGAUAGAGCCGGGUGGUCGUGGGAUACGCUGGCGAAGAUAGUGCGCAACGAGAUUGAAAGGCAGCACAAGCCGGCCCUGGAAGUGAAGCGAGCUGUCAAGGGGGAUGUUGAAGAGCGGGUAGAAGUUAUACAGGCUCCUGGUGAAGCCCACAUGUCCAGACCACGUAAGAAGCAAAGGAGGUUCAUUCCAAUUGUGCCAGCAGAUGAAGAUGAUUUGAUAGUGUAA